AAAGAAACUGCCUCUUGUAUUACUCGUAGUUAUGUUAUGUAAUUUAGCAACACUGUUUCUAUGAGGAAUUUGCACAAAUGGGUUUGUGCAUCAGAUCGGCCUUUAAAACUACCUUUAAAAUUAAAAAAAAUUAAAGAACCUACGGUUUGGCAAGCGCACAGACGAUAUUGGGACUAAACAUUCCAAAAACUCGUUAUUCGUCGUGAUUAUCUCCCGCAUUUGGUCAAAUCACUUGUGUUUUCAAAACAGUAGUCAUCAGUCGGUUACCUUGAGUGGAAGCGGUAACAUAAAACAAUCAUUGAUAUGGAGAACAGAAGUAACAACGAAAAUGCCUCAGACAAAGUGACGUGGAUUCAGUUUUUGAGACAGGUGAAUGUAAGUUUGACAAUAUGGUGUUAUUUCUUUAUCGUCGGGCUUGUUACUGGAGCACCCACCGUAAUCAUUCCUCAAUUGAUAAAGGAAACCAACACAACGGUGGUUUUAGAGGAUAAAUUUUAUCCGUGGAUAACAUCCAUUGGCAGCUACACAAGUAUACCGUGCAACCUAAUUUUGACUCUCCUUUCUCAUUUUUGUGGACGAAAGAAGACCUUGCUAGCCAUCUCCAUCUGCACCUUUAGCGCGUCGGUACUUCUUUACUACAGUCGCAGCCCCGCGCACAUAUUCUUCAGCCAAAUGAUCUAUGGCGUCACUGGAGCCGGACAAAUGACAGUAUAUGGCCCCAUACUCGCAGAGUAUUCGUCGACUAAAUAUCGAGGAAUCUUCCUUACUUUGAAAUCGGCUACCUUUUUCUGGGGAAUAUGGACCGCAAAUGCAAUUGGAAUAUUUACCCACUACAAAUUCAUUGGACUCCUUGCCGUACUGUGUUCGAGUUAUUGCUUCUCGACUGGAUUUUUUAUACCGGAAUCUCCCUACUGGUUGGCUUUUAAGGGUAAAUAUGAUCAGUGCGCUGAAACCCAUCGAUUACUAAAAGGAGAAGACGAGAAGGCAGAAAAAGAAUUAAAAGAUCUGAUAAACUUGCAAGAGGAACUACACGUACAUGACGUAAAAUUCAGACCAAUUAAACAAUGCAUUUUACACUAUGUUGAAAUUAUACAACUACCAGACGUAUACAAACCUAUAUUGCUAUGUUUAUUAGUUUUUUUGGUUUAUCACAUAUCGGGAAAACUUGUGUGUGCUGUUUACGCCUUAGAAAUAAUGAAGGAAAUUACUGAUAAAGAAUCGACAGCACAUAUUGGCGUGCUAGUUUUAGAUGGAUUUAGUGUUUUGGGUAUGUAUAUAGGCUGUGGACGUGCGGGCCCGAUGUUUCUCUUCCGCCUCACGCGCCGCCGCACGCGGCUGGAUAACAAAGCACAGCAUCGUAUAAACCGCACCUUAUUGCGCAACAUGCGCACGCGCAUCUACUCCGACUAA